UGAAGUUAGGUAAUCUAAUACAAGCAACCCUCAAUGUAUAAAUCAAGAUAGAGAUGUGUGUCUAGUCUCUAUAUUCUUAAUUGUGAUCUCUCUCUCUAUCUAUUUAUCUUUCUUUUUAAUUAUAAUUAAUAUUAUGAAUCAGAAAAAGUUGAUUGUGGUUUAUGGUAUAAUAAUUGUUAUGUUUGGGGGUGCAGCCAUAACAUGUAGAGCAGCUACGUACACGGUGGGAGAUAGUUCUGGGUGGGAUAUAAGUACCAAUCUCGACUCAUGGACAAAGGACAAGACAUUCAACGUUGGCGAUGUUCUUGUGUUCCAGUACUCAUCAACCCACAGUGUAAGUGAAGUGACAAAAGAAAAUUAUGAGAGUUGCAAUACGACAAACGUUUUGAAAGCAUACUCAGCAGGAAACACAACAAUCACAUUGAAUAAACCUGGAGACAUGUUCUUUGUGUGUGGUAACAAGUUACACUGUCUUGGAGGAAUGAAGAUUCAACUUAACGUUCAUGAGAAUAAUCAAGCUUAUGCACCAACCUCAGCUUACUCACCCCAGGCCACCCCUACUACUACAGACCCAUCUGAUUAUCCCAACCCUUCUUCCAAGGCCAAUAAUAAUAAUAAGAAUAACCUUCCUACUUCAUCAGCUUAUUCUGCCUUUUCACAUCUUAUGCUAGCUUCUUUUCUAGCACUUCUUGUUUCUAUACUAUGAAAAAUUAAUUAUACGA